AAGGAACUCGCUAAGUGGUGACUGAGCUUCACAUCCGCCCGCAUGUUAUUGUUUACGAGCAUUCCUGAAAGAAAUUGGGUCACUCAAAAAUAGAAAUCAUUUACAGUCGCUCUUUUCAUCUUUGCUUUCUGGAUACGUGCCUUUGAUGAAGAUUCUCGGUUCCGUUCUUAAGAGCUGGAUAGAUGGUUCUUAAUAGUUCGGCAUCUCCAUUAAACGUCACCGAUAAGCGGAAGUGAAGAUCCACGUUGCUGACAUGUCCAGGCGAGGCAGGAACAGCCGCGCAUGGCGAUAUGUUUGGGGGGAAAUACGGCGGGAUGCUGAUGCAAGAGCACUUGUCUUGGCCUCUGAAAGUGACGGAUGGGGUUACGAGCGCCUGGAGUACAGCGAUUCUGAUUCAGAGGCCGACUACUCCGCGGUGAUGGUCCCUCCGGGGCCCAGCGCUGUGCCAGUCACCGGGGAAUCUUACUGUGGCUGCGACUCCCAAGCUGAGACUAUACACCAUCGGAGAGGUUUUUACCAAGUCAAAGACUGUCACUGUGGAGAGGAUGAUAAAGAAUUUGACUGGGUUUGGGAUUCUGGCAGCCGAUCAACAGCAACGUUACUGAGCUGCGAUAAUCGGGAAGUCAGCUUCCAUUCCGUGUCAAGCUGCGGCACAGCUGCAAUCCGUGGGUCCAAGGAGCUGGCAGAAGGGCAACAUUUUUGGGAAAUCAAGAUGACAUCCCCUGUCUAUGGAACAGACAUGAUGGUUGGAAUUGGGACCUCUGACGUCAACCUGGACAAAUACAGGCAUUCGUUCUGCAGCCUUCUGGGAGAAGAUGUGGACAGCUGCGGUCUGUCUUACACUGGCUUGUUGCAUCAUAAAGGCGACAAGAUGAGCUUUUCCUCCCGGUUUGGUCAGGGUUCCAUUAUUGGGGUCCAUCUGGACACGUGGCACGGCACCCUUACAUUCUUUAAGAAUCGCAAGUGCAUAGGUAUUGCCGCUACAGAUCUCCAGAAUAAAAGGUUUUACCCCAUGGCGUGCUCCACAGCAGCAAAAAGCAGUAUGAAGGUGAUCAGAUCCUGCUCUGCACCCACCUCACUUAUGUAUCUGUGCUGUGCUCGCCUUCGCCAACUACUGCCAGACUGUAUAGACAGCCUUGACGUCCUGCCACUACCGCCGGGGCUUCGCCACCGGCUACACAACAAAUUAGGUUGGCUGCUCAAUCUCCACGGUGGCACCACAGAGGAGACCGCAGACUCCCCUGAUCGCUCUCCGUGCUUGGCCGUGCCUUCCUUGGUCGGGCAAUCGUCCUCUGAAAGCGACUCAGAGGGUUGUACGUCUGACCCCGAGGCCUGCCAAAGGAAGAGGUGCCGCUGGACUUAAUAUACUCUUCUUAAAUAAGGCAGAUGUCAUUGUUGUAAAAAAAAGUUCAAAACAACUGCCUCAAAACUUCACUCCAAGUGUGUCAAAAGUAUUGAAGAACAUAAGCGGAAGGGAACUAUCCUCUCAUGCCACGAAAACGUCUUGAUCCCAUCGCUGAAUACAGUUUCCUACCAGGACUACUGUAGCAAAAAGACAUCAAUAGUAAACGUCUCUUGCCAGUCAGGAACAGGGACAUGUUACAUGAGGGAGUACUGUAGAGUGUUACACUGAAAUUGUUUUUCCCUCCUGUAAAAAUGGGUCUCUCCGAAUGAGCCAAGCAGCUAUGUUCUUUGUUGUCUGUUAUGCAAAUAGUGUAUAUUCGUUAAAAAAAAAUGUGAUCACUUCUUAAUCAAAACAAUUAACUAUCUUGCCCUAUGCAAUUUAGUUGGAUUAUUUGUCAAGAAAAAAAAAAUGACUACUGUUGAGUGCACUUAUGGAAGUUUUCAGAAGGACCAACAGCCUUUUUACACCAGUCAGAGGUGUUGCAUUCUACUACCUUUAUUUACCGCUUCAUCAUAUUGAGAACUUUUUUUUUUUUUACUUUGCAAAAGCUUUUCUCACCUUGUUAGCAUUAAUGUAUUUUUUAUUUAAAAAAAAAACAACCCUAAAAGCUCUAUUUUAAAUUUUAUUUUAAAGUUAAAAUCCACACAUUUUCUACCUAAAAUUAUUCAAAACCAGAAUCUAUUUGGUGUUGGUUACAAAACAGUUACCGCUUGUGGUCCACUUAGUUACAGCUUUUAUUUUGUAGUCUGUCACACUAUUUUUUUUAAAUAACAUGUCUAAGCACUUAUUGUGACAUUUGUAUAAUUUGAAGGCAUUUCAGUUGCUUUCCCCCCCCCCAACAGCAUGAUGUUCAGAUGAAAAUAAAGUGAAUGCUCAAAAUGCUUUUCUUUUGUGACCAUCAAUAAUGAUCACAGCUCAAACUUGAAUGGGAAAGAAUGAAUGCUUCCUUAUUUUAUACCGAUUUUUGAGAGGCUGAGCAUAAGGGGAAGCAUCAUUUUUUUGUAUUAAAUCUGAUAAAAUAUUUCUUCGCAAACGAAGAGAAGAUGUAAUAAACCUUUUUAUCAUAUUUUAGCCCAUUCUGCCCUUUAGUCCUUUCUGCCAAAUGUUCAAUGCAAAAUAAACACAAAUACAACUUUUGAUUCAAACCUUUGUUUACAAAAACUACUAAAGAAACAUUUUGGAGUGCAAGUCCCUUUAUUUAAAAAAACGAAGAGCUAUCCAAGAAUGGGUCCACUUCUGGGGGACACUGACGCACCCCUAUAAUCAAACUAAAGUAUUAUCAUUUAAAAAAUAUGAAUGAAAAAAAAAAAUCUGUGGGAUAUCCAAGGACCAAGGCAUGCCUCAGGGCAUGCUAGACUUAAACCAAAGUACUCUCAUGAAAUUCUGAUGUGUGAUUUCAUUUCACAGUUUUUUUUACAUGUCAGUGUAUGUUCAUGUCAAUGU